AUGAAAAAUCCAACGCAUGGUCAAUGGGACGGAUACAGACCUUCGGCGGAGUUAGAAGAUGUCUUUGGAAGAAAUCUCCCACUGUUAAAAGAUGUCAUCGAUGAUAUAAACGCGAGCAUUACGGCGCUACAGAACGCAUUCCAGUGCUUCCUACCGCUGGAGGAGGAAAAAGAGAGAUCGAAGUCCUUGAAAGAUGCCAUGCGAAAGCUGAGAAAACGAGUCAAGAUUACUAUCGAGACGAAAGCUUUCGAAGACAAAAUAGCCUGCCUCGAGAAGUCCAACGGCGAUUUAUUACGACUCCGAAAACAAGUCAACGAACUCCAGACGCCUUCGUGCUGCGCAAUUAAGAGAUCAUCUGAUAGAGCACGAAAACUGCCAGCAGAGUUUGGGGCAUACGGAUCUAUACGACGCGCAUCCAAGGCUCUCCACGAAGGCCUCAUGGCGACUUGGUCAGAAGCAGAGGUGCCAAGCCUUCGGCACCUUGUCAAGCUGUUUCUAGAUGCCAAGGCAGAUACCGAAGUCCAGAUGGAGAUUGCUAUUCUGUGCUAUGAUGAUGUGCUACAACGGCCACUAGUUGAAACAGGCUUAACGAGAAUGCAAGUCAGAUCAAGAACUAUGGGCUCUAUCGCCUGGUCUGGUGCAAGUUUGUUACUACCGCCGUCAAAGAUGGAUGAAUCACAGAGAGGCCAGCGAAAGCGUCAGAAAGUGAGAUUUGCUAGCAUCAGCGACAGCUCUGACAUUGUGAGCGAAGCAUCACCAGUAGCAUCCGCUGUGUCUAUAGCUACCUCACAGUCGUCAACCGCUGGGCCAGAUGACUUACAGCUAACUGGACACUUUUGCUCAGAGCUCUCAAAUCGCUGUUCAGCCCCAAACAUAUCAUAUAACAAAGAAGGCUUGGGUCAUAUCGACAGUGGCGUGCAAGAAGCAUUUCGACAUUGUUUCUUCCCCUGGCCAAAGGAAUCUCAUUGCAAUAAUAUGGAGUUAGACGACGUGAUGCCUAUGGAUGAAGCACUUGGACAAUCUGCACAUAAUAGGCUUGACAUUGUCAGCCAGCUGCGGUUAGCUCACCGUCUUGUUUCUGCGGUGCUCAAGUUCAAUUCGACGCCUUGGCUCAAGGAAUUGUGGAAUGUGGGAGACCUCGCAUUUUUUCGACAAGGAGAUGACCUGACAGAAUCUCUUCAAACCUUACACUUUGGAGUAGAGUUGACCCAUAGCGCGCCCGGCUCAGAAGAUACUGCAAUGGAAGUUGAAUCACCCGCCAGCUUAGUACAUCUUUCCAUCGAAGACGCACAAUACAAACACGGUGUGCGCAACGUAACGCUUUACAGCUUGGGAGCUGCUCUCUUGGCUAUUGGAAGAUGGGAACGUGUGGAUCACAGCGACAUCGAGGGGAUUCGACGACUUGCAUCACAACGAUCAUAUCUGGGGCCGGUCUACCAAGAACUCACGCAAAAAGUUCUUGAUUGUGAUUUUGGAUAUGGAAAGGAUUUGAAGAAGCCCAGGCUUCAGGAGGCGAUAUACGAGAUGGUGAUUUUGGAGCUGGAGUCGAUGAUUGCGAGUCUUGAUAUAUCUCGAGAUUAA